AUGAUUGAGAAAUCACCACCAGUAAAGUUAUCUCAAAUCCCCAUCAUUCGUCAAGCUGCUACCACCUGUUUAAUUGCCGCCACAGCUAGGACUAUUAGACGACCAUUCGUUCACGUUAUUUGUCAUGUACAUGAGGCAUUAUUUUCAGCUGAAACAUGUCAACCACAAAUCGAAGCAUGCGGAACCAAAGCAAGAGAAGAAAAUGAUAAAGGAUUGAGCAAUUGCACAGUAAUUGAUGAUUUCAUAGACUGUAUAUCGUUAAUACCAGCAUCAAAAUGUACUCCCAAUGAUUUAAGUUUACUCGGUUCACUCUUCGACCAGGAAAAUAGGGAUAGAGAAAUAUACUGUAACAAUUAUACAACUACUACCGAUUCCUUAUCGACAACUACAGAUGCUAUUGGCUGUCAUACUAGAGCAGAAAUUUGUUCAACAGAAGCUGAUAAAAACAGGAAGAAAGGACUUGAUUUAUGCACUGUUUAUACAAAACUAGUAAAUUGUAUAUCAAGUAUACCAAUGACAGGAUGUACAGAUAGAAACUUCAUUCUUCAAAUAUUACAACAACAAACAGAACAACAGAACAAAUAUUGUCAUUAUUCCUUGCCGACCACUACAAAAGCCCUUGACUGUCAUACCAGAGCAGAAAUUUGUGCAACAGAAGCCGAUAAAGACAGCAAGAAAGGUCUUGAUUUAUGCACUGUUUAUACAAAUUUUGUAAAUUGUCUAACAAGUAUACCAAUGACAGGAUGUACAGAUAGAAACUUCAUUCUCCAAAUAUUACAACAACAAACAGAACAACAGAACAAAUACUGUCAUUAUUCCCUGCCGACCACUACAAAAGCCAUUGACUGUCAUACCAGAGCAGAAAUUUGUGCAACAGAAGCUGAUAAAAAAAGGAAGAAAGGACUUGAUUUAUGCACCGUUUAUACAAAUUUAGUAAAUUGUAUAUCAAGUAUACCAAUGACAGGAUGUACAGAUAGAAACUUCAUUCUCCAAAUAUUACAACAACAAACAGAACAACAGAACAAAUACUGUCAUUCCAAAUCAGAAACGUCACUUUUACCAACUAUCAAUGUCCGAACAACACAAUUUUCGUCAACAAGAAUCAAAUGUUAUCCGACAUUAACGUCGAAGGAAUCAAAUGUUAUUCGACAUCGACGUUGA